UCCAAACCCGGCCCGCUGGUUCAAGAUUGGCAUUGACGGCACAACUCGGAACCUUGUUCGGGUUCCUUUUUGGAGAAUCGGAAGAGCAGCAGAGAGAGGCAGAGUCAGAACGUGGCGACGAUGGAACACAGUGAAAAAGGAAAAGAAGCAAAGCACCACGACGAAGAAGAAGAUGAGGAAGAAGAGCGACAAGAAGUACAAGAAAUAUGGAGUUGGGGAGCAGGAACGGAGGGGCAGCUGGGCACGGGCAGGCUAGAGGACGAGCACCUCCCUCAGCUGCUUCACCUUCCUUCUAUGGCCUCCGCCGGACCCAUUUCUUUGCUCUCCUGUGGCGGCGCUCACGUUAUUGCCUUGACCUCCGGUGGUAGGGUACUGACAUGGGGAAGGGGUACAUCUGGCCAACUAGGCCAUGGUGAUAUGGUUAAUAGCUUGUAUCCCAAGCUUGUCACUUCCUUGCAGGCUUACUUCAUAUCCCAUGUUUCUGCUGGAUGGAGCCACUCUGGAUUUGUUUCAGAUACUGGGUAUCUUUUUACCUGCGGGGAUGGGUCGUUUGGUCAGCUUGGGCAUGGGGACUACAGUUCACAUUGCUCUCCUGUAAGAGUCUCAUUCUUUGUUACUAAGCAUGUUGAACAGAUAGCAUGUGGUAUGCGCCAUUCGCUUGUGUUGUUGAAAGGUUCUUCAGGAUUUCGAACUUAUGCAUUUGGGUCUGGGAAGCGUGGUCAACUAGGCAUCUCCAACGAUAAGAUCAAAUCGGUUAGUCUUCCUGAAGUAACUCAUGGAUUGGAGGAUGUCAGAAUCGUUAGCAUAACUGCAAAUGGAGAUCAUAGUGCAGCAUUAUCUGUUGAUGGACAUCUUUACACUUGGGGAAGAGGGUUCAGUGGCACUCCAGAUGCUCACUUUCCUCAGUGUUUACUUUCGUCUUUCUUGUUUACCAGAGCAGCUCUUGGAUGGAACCAUGCUCUAGCAUUGACUAGUGAUGGGGAAGUUUUUAUGCUCGGUGGCAGCUACCAUGGAGUCCUUGGUGAUCUUGAGAAAAUGAGCCCAAAACAAUUACCUGAUCCCAGAGGUGCUAUCCUGGAGAAGGUCUCUGGUCUUGAUGCUUUAAAAAUUGUGCAUGUUGCAGCUGGAGCUGAGCACUCUGCAGUGGUAACAGAGAAUGAAGAAAUAAAAACAUGGGGUUGGGGUGAACAUGGUCAACUUGGCUUGGGGAAUACAUGUGAUCAAACUAGCCCCCAAGCAGUGAGCUUAAGUAACAAUCCCAAAGAAACUGCCACAUUCAAAGUUUUUUGUGGUAGUGGGUUUACAUAUGCCAUACAGAAUCCUUGUGUAUAAUCAUCCAAUGCUUAACUUUUUUUGCAUGAGAUUCACAUUGCAUUCACAUUUUUUUUUUACAAGUCAUAUGAAUUUGAAAAAAAAUGAUUAUCAUUUGGUGUGUUGAUUUUAGAAGCCACAUUAUUUUUGAAAUGACACAAGAGGAAUUUCCAGAAUUACUCGUGUUACAUAUACUAAUCCUCUGAUAAGUGAAUCAUGAGCCACCCGGUCUCUGUUUACAAAGAGGCAAAGAAAGAAAGAAAAGGCCUGGCU